AAAUGAUUGGAUAUUAUACUUGUCAUGUUUGGUGAUUCAUACAUCCAAAUGUCAAAAACGUAAAAGUUCCAUUGUGGCCAUUAACGUGCGUUCUCGCCAUCCUCGUAUAUCGCUAAUGAAAUCUAAACCAAUAAAAAAACUUCAAUCUUUUUUUUCUUCACAAUUAUCGAUCCAAAUCAAGAUUUUCUUGAUUUGAAUUCCUUGCGAUGAAACUCCUUCCGAAUCCAUCACUAACCUUGUUCCCUUUCUUCACUCCCUAUACUUCAAAGCAUAUUUUCAGACCCAUCAAAGUCUCCGUCUCCGUUCAAACUCCUCCGCCGGAUUUCGAUUUCCGCAACGACAUCGCGUCGGAAUCACGCGCCGCAAUCGCGAAAACUUACCCGGAGUUGCUUGACCUCGCUGAUAACGGGACUCUGAUUCUUCUCCAGAAACAGAGUUUCGGUCCUGUUCCAGCUUGGCGCAAAGAGUUCGUUGAGCCGGAAGCGAUUUGGCUUGUGGGCACUUCUCAUAUCUCGCCGGAAUCUGCUUCCAUCGUUGAACGCGUCGUCCGUACUGUGAAGCCUGAUAAUGUCGCCGUUGAACUCUGUCGUAGCAGGAAAGUCCAAUUCUUUAUCCAAACGAAAUUCGGGUUUCGUGAAAUUUGAUGACUUUAUUGCCAACUGAUGAAAUUGAAUUAGCCAUUGUGUUGUGUAACAAAUUGCAGAGCUUGGUGUUGAUGUUGCAGAGCUGGGAUUAUGUACACUUCAAGUGUUGGAGGAGAGGUUGACCAAAACUUAAAAUCCGGAGAGUUGUCGUUGACCGGGACUGGCUUUCUCGGUGCUGUUGGCCGGAGUUUAGACUUGGGAGGGCAAACUGCGUUGGCAUUGCGACUUCUAUUGGCGGUUUUCUCUUCUAAGUUAUCUUCUGUUGCUGACCGCCCUUUCGGGGAUGAGUUUCGUGCUGCUCGGAAAGCAUCUGAGGAAGUUGGUGCGCAGCUGGUUCUUGGAGAUCGACCCAUCGAAAUAACUCUCCAAAGGGCUUGGAACUCUUUGAAAUGGGGAGAGAAGUUUAAUCUGGUGAUGGCUGUGACUCGGGUAAUCACAUCGUCAUCGGGUAUAUCCGCAGCGGAGCUUAAGGAACAAGAGACCGAUGAAAACAGUGGAAGUUUGCAGCUUUACGAACGGCUAAGUUUCUCAUACCCGGCACUCCUAAUGCCUCUUAUACACGAAAGAGAUACCUAUCUUGCUUGGUCAUUGAAGAGAAGUAAGGCAGUGAAUGGGUGUAAAACAGUGGUGGGAGUGAUCGGGAAAGGACACAUGAAUGGUGUCAUCUACGCGUUGGUGUCAGACUCUGGGGAUCUCCGGUUUAGAGAUUUGGUGGGAAGAGGAGAUUCAUAUAAUGGUGGUACUGGUACUACAUCGAACGGUUGGAUUCAAAAGGUUUUAAAGAGCUUCGUAAGAGACACAAUUAUAGGGUUCUUGCUAUGGGAGUUAUAUGAACAGUAUCUGAUGAUGAAUCAAAACCUUUCAUGAUAUAACUAAAAAAACAAGUUGUUGCAUAUUUAAAAAGGAAACUGGAAAAAGAAUCUAAAUGAGUACAAUAUGUAUGUAUAUGAUUCUUCUUCCUCUAGAUUUUGUUGAGGCAACUACAAAGUCUUAUAUGAAAUUGAUGUAUAUUUUGCAGAAAUUUCAAUUGUAAACAUAAAAUGUUUAGGUAAAAAAUUAUUUGUACUUCUCUAGUUG